AUGUCUUCACCAUCUCCGACAGACCUGGAGGCCGAAUUAUCUCGUCUUCUCUCAGAUGUCCGUGAAUCAAACUCGAGAGCGUCUUGGGAACGAAUUACCAUCGUUUCUCAUGAUCUCGCCAACGCGUUACGGACCAAGGAUGGACAUCAUGAUAUACAUACAGUAUUAGGCAGAACUUCCCUUCCUCAAACUCUCACGGACGUUCUGGGGCUUGAGCUGCAUGAUACCCGUUCCUCCAUUCUGGAGGAUUUCUACACCAUACCUGUUCUUGAAAUCCUCCGUGUGGGGGCGAACUUAUGCCUGGAUCAUGAUGAUAAUCGUGGCGCUUUGUUAGGCGCCGGCUUUCUCCAGGCCGUCGUGACCCUGUUGGAGGGUUACGCGAAACUGAUACCUUCUACUCCCCAAACUGAACCCUUACCUCUCUCGAUCAAUCACCUGAAGGUCGUCCGGACUGCAAUUGGGGUGCUUCUCAAUGCCAGUCUUGGCUUCGAUGCCGUCAAGGAUAAAUUGAUCUCCAUGCAAGUCGCAGGCACUGUGCUGAAACUGUCGGCAUCCAUUUACCCCCCUGGGUCAUGGCAAGGGGCCUCCUCGGCGGAGCAAACGCUGGAAAGUGUGCAAGAAUCAUGGACUAUACGUAGCAUUCUCUCGAACUGGGCUUGGAGAACCCUCACAGAGUUACAAGACGGCAAGGAAGAAAGCAAGUUCGUUUUCUCUUCCGAUAUUCUACCCUUCUUGACCCCUCCUCUUGUCGCGUUUACACAUCCCUUUACAGCAACACCGGAGACGCCUUUCUCACCAGUUUCCCAGAUAUACAAUACGCUUAUACACAGCGAUUUCGACGUACUCGAGGAAUCAUGCUCUCUGAUAGAAUCCUUGUCACUUGAUGCUGAAGACGUUCGCCUCUCGCUAGCUCGUGGGUUUUAUUCACCUUCCGAACAUGGUAGCGUUCCUUGUUUCCGGAUGAUAUUGGACUUCAUUGAGCACGGUGGUUAUCCCGCUUCAUGGAGUACUUCGGUGGUUAUAACAGACGGUGAAAGAAACCGCAUGGAAAAGGCUUUCGAUAUCUGUAAGGCCGCGCUUGUCAAAGCCGUAGUGGAAGUCGCAGGGGAGGAUAGCAAAGAUGAGCUAUUGUGGACUGAUUCUGAUCCUACACAACCCGGAGGCGAAUUUGUUUCCAGGAUGGUGAGCUGGAUCAAGCAGUACGUCUUCUUUAUGAACGGGACUGGGAAGGAUGCUUCUGCACCCCAUCGGGACGAUCUCGUUAUUUGUGCCAGCCUUUCCUUAGGUAACUUAGCACGACGAGAAAAACACGCCAAAGUACUGUUAUCGCCGCCGUACUCCUUAGCGCCCGUUCUAGCUUCUACCCAUCUUCUUUCUCCCGCGAUUGACAUCAAGUUGAAACACGGCAUUAUCGGGCUUCUCAAGCAUAUGGCACAAUCAUCACCGUCUCCUGAUAUUCAUACGCCACUGUGUGAAGCUAGUAUCGUACAGAGUGUUUCGCGGAGUGGGGUAUGGGAUGAGAAGACUGACAAGAUGGGAGAAAUUGUUCAACUUAGCGCAAUUGGUGUGGUCAAGCAUAUGUGUGGGGCUAAUGUGGAAAGCACAUUCGCUCUAGUGCUCCCAAGCGCGGGACCUGCCGGAACACCUACUGGACUGUCGCAAAUCAUGUCUCUUCUCAAGCGCUCCGAUACUGUGGCUGUCAAGAGUGAGGGCACAAGGGUUUUGGUAAACGUCGUCAAGUCUUUGUUGUGGGCUGGUGAUGGGCCAGGACUCCAGAGUCCAAUCGAAGACAAUACUACGCAGCAGCGAAAGCGGCAGGCUGCCAUUCAAAGUGUCCUUACGCAGGAAUGCGCCUCUGCUCUUGCAAGUCUUGUUGCACAUAGCGCCAAAUAUCCACUUCUUGUAAACGAAGGUGUUAUUGCCCUUAGUUUAAUCAGCACGCAGAAGACAGGAAGACCUCUUGUCUUGACAGCUCUUCUAGCAUCCUUUGACUUGCCCUCGCCACCCCCCACAGAGCCUCCAUCUGCAUCCACCUCUUCGAACAGCGACGUCAGCUCACCUACGCUCACUACACCCUCUACACGCGGCCAGCUCCCCACUCCUCGAAGUGCGGCAGAGAUGCUUGUUGCAGUUCUGAGAAACUUUGAUAACCCCGUCAACUUUCCAGUCGAAGUUCGCAUCAACGUUUGUUCCUUGCUCUGGCAAGUCGGAAGGUACAAGGGCGGAGAGGAUGUUGCGAAGCUCCAGGCAGUAGUUAAACCUGUACUGGAGCAGCUAGUCGAGGAUUCUCCAACUCCCCAGGGAAAAGAGGCCACACUAGUCAAUGGUGCAAAGAAAGUUCUGGAGAGUUGGGCGUGA